AUGCGUCUAAAGUGUCUGUUCAUCGUCGCAACAGCUUUAUCGACCGUUCAAAGUUUAAAUUUGCGUAGCAAUCAAGUGUCCGAUGCGAAAAAUGUGAGAACCGGUGUUUCAAUCGACCAAGUGACGGGGAAAAUUCCAGAAAUCGAAACUGGCGGUCAUGGGAGGAAUGAAGACGUCGGACAACUCCCUAAUGGGCAUAUAUUCAGCGACGUAAGAAUAACAAAGAGGGAGGUAAUAAUGCCGACGGUUCAACGCUACCGGGACAACACGAUUCGUCAGCGAGAUAAACCUAGUGAUCAUCGUCGUUCUCGCCACUAUAAUCCUCCCCAGCAGUACCCUUCCAACCCUUACUAUCCAAACAAUCCCCACACCCUUAAUCCAGUACUGUCAGGCCAGGGUGUGUUCCAAAAGAACCAACAUCCCCAAUCGUACCAAGGAAGAACAACAACAACUACAGGGAACACAAAGGAAACUGAAGCGCAACCGUUAACAGUCGACGAUAACGUCAUAUUCGGCGGUGACUCUUGCCCAACCGGAUACGUAAAAGUGGCGAAAAUCAAUAAAUGUGUUGCAUCGUUG